AUGGGUGAAGAGGAAGACAUAUUCGUGAAACGUGUUGAUUUUGAGGUAAACAAUAAUGAGCCAUCUGUUAAUAACACAAAUAUACUGAACGGUGAUAUGCUACAGAGUGAUGAUGUUGAAAAGAGUGAUGAUGCAGUGAAAAAGCCGAUAACGUGUUGUGGAAAGUUUUUGUAUUAUUUGGAUAAGUUUGGAAUUAAGGCAGCAUUUAGUCAUAUUGGAUUGCUGUUGGGCUUAGCUUUGUAUUGCUAUGGUGGUGGUUGGGUAUUUGUGCGAAUAGAAGAAGAACCAAUGAAAGAUGCUGAACAGCAAUUAAGAAGAAACAUUUCAAUCAGCCGCAGUACAUUUAUUAAUGAUAUAUUGUAUGCAAAAGAUGAAAAUUACUUAGACACUUCAUAUUUAUCGGAGCAAUUAAAAUAUUAUGAGGAGGCAGUUCAGCAAGCUGUAGAAGGAAAUCUACAGAUGGUUAAUACAGAUUUGAAUGCUACUGAUCCUGAAGCGUUUCCUGUACAGUCAGAAAAAUGGACACUCAUGCAGGCUAUUUUCUUUGCAUCAACUAUUUGCACUACGAUAGGAUACGGAAACAUAGCACCUGUGACAUUUGAAGGCCGUUUAUUUUGCAUAAUUUUUGCAAUUUUUGGACUUCCAUUUACGCUCUCUGUGAUUGCUGACUAUGGUAGUCUAUUUGCCAAUUCUGUAUCUGCACUGGCUGCAAAAUGUAAACAGCUCGAAAUGUGCAACAGAGAUUCAAAAUUUCACAAAAUGAAAGGCAGAAAAUGGCUUUAUGCACUUGGAGCUGUUCUCUUUCUCGGAGUCUAUUUAUCAGCUGGCGCUGCUGUGUUUAUGCAAUGGGAAAAAUGGUCAUUUUUUGAUGGCUUUUAUUUCAGUUUCAUCACAAUGACAACUGUCGGUCUUGGAGAUUUAGUUCCUGGAGAAUAUUUGAUGCUGCUUUGUACGGUGUAUAUUUUAAUAGGUUUGGCAUUGACGAGUACAAUUAUUGAGCUAGUCAGAAGGCAGUACAUUCGUAGUUGGGAGAAAUUACAGCAACUUAAGUUUGGAUCAUUUGCGGAUUCAUUGAAACGACUUGGAGAAAGUCAUGGAGCCAUCGAUGUUAAUGAUUUGAGGUCCAUAUUAUCGGUGGUUUCAAUGACAAAAAAGAACAACAAGAAUAAAAAGGAACAGGAAGAAAUUGAUGCACUGGAAGCAAUGACAAAAGAGAUUCUCAAGAAAGUGUCAAUAAAGCACAUGCAGAAACCACAGUUGGUUCAAAUAAUCAUUUACGAGUCGUCGGUUUAA